GAAAUGUAAAUCAAAGAUUUACAGCAUUUAAUUGGGAUUUUCGUGUAAUAAUUAUUCAUUAAUUAGCAUUUGAACAUAUUCAAUUUCCAAUUUAUAUUCAUCUGUAGACUGGCUGCCUGCUAUGGCUUGCAUAAAAAGAGCGCUGCUAUCCAGAGAUUGUCAGAUUUACAGCAUUUUAUUGGGAUUUUUGUUUAAUAAUAAUUAUUCAUUAAUUAGCAUUUGAACAAAUGCAAUUUCUAAUUUAUUUCCAUUUGUAAAAAUAUAGUCCUUCAUUACUGCUUUAUGUUUAAUACGUUUCUGUUGGUUUGUUUCUAGAUGGCAAAGAGGCGAUUCGAUGAGGAAGCAGCUAAUGCCCCUCGUCCAAAGAGGAGGCGCAUUGGUGAUGCGCCUCCACUAGGCGUAAGAAGAUCGGAGAGGAUCAGACAGCUAAAUUUGGAAAAUGAAAGAGCAGAACAAGAGCUGCAGAGACUUGAACUGCAGCAUCAGGAACGCCAGAGACAGAGACCAGAGAGAAGGCAACCAAUGAGGAGACUAGCAGAGAUGGUUGAUCGUGAACCUCCAGUUCUCCCACCACCACCCCCCGCUAAUAUUGUUGGAAAUCUGUUGUGGGGCCGGCUGGGGAAACAGCCCUAUUGGCCGGCAAUGGUGGCGGUGGAUGAGGACGGCCUUUACUUCAAGCAGAAAAUGACUGCUAAUGGUGUCCUUAGGCGGCAAUUCUACGUCGAAUGGUUGGCCGACGGGCGGCGGUCAUGGGUGGGGGCCACUUAUUUGGCCCCAUUCGAGCGCCCGGGAAAUCCCACCCCUGAGGGUCUCAGGAACACCCUUAGGGAGUGGGUCCUAAACCAUAGGAAAUGCAAGGAUUCAGUUAAGGCACUCAAAAUUCCCCGCAGACUGCAGGGGAAAAUUGACGCAGCAAUAGAGGAAGCAUUGGAAUUACAGGACAAUUUCCAUUAAAAGAGACAAAGGCUUGGGGGUUAAUAAAAAAUGUAAGGAGCUACUCAGCAGAGGAGGGCAGUGUCUGUAGGGUGAGUGACAAACAUCAAUUCAUUUCAUUUUAAUUGUUUAUUCAAUCCAUACUCAAAAUUAAAUUACUUCUGCUUAUUACACAGGUACACUAUAUAACCUCAUAAAUUUAUCCUAUUUUAAAUUCAUCCAUUAAUUUAUGUGAUUAUGAUGAUAAUGAUAAUUUUUUACUAAUUUAAAUUUCUAAAUUCAAUUUAUAAUUUAAUUAUUAUGAUUGACUAUGCUUGAUGGACAGACAGGGAGAUUGCAAACCUCACUUGACGAAAGUUUAAAUAAUAGUUUUUCAUUGUUAUCAAUUCAUGGUAUCAUAAAAUUAUUUUUAUUGGUUCAAUGUAAUAGAAUUUCAGCCCUAUUUAUAGAAAUAAAAUAUAUUACUGAAGUCGUGCAUAACACGACUUGUCUUAGCUCAAUGCAUCAAUGGAUGGUGUAAUAAUAUUAAUAAAUAAGAAAGGAUUACAAGUCCCCAACAUUUUUAUUACUUAAACCCUUUUGUUUUGCAAAAUCAUUUAAAAUUUUAAUAAUAUAAAUAAAGAAAGGAUAAGAAGACCCCAACAUUUACAAUACCUCAUUGGCAUAAACUUUCGUCUGUCCGUUAUCUUCCCAUAUUCUGGAUCUUGGGGGAUUUCGAUUACAUUCGUCUCAGUUACCAGCCUAUCUGGAAAAUGUUAACAAUGUAUUGAGUAGGUGGAUAAUUAAUUAAUUUAGAAUUAUUGAAACUUGGUCCAACAUUGGAGGUU